UCCGGGGCGCCAUGGAGCGCGGCGCCGGGCCCGAGCGGGAGCUGCGCUGGCGGACUCUGGCCGCCCUGCGCUCCUCCAGCAAGGGCCAGCUCAGCUACCGCCGCCGCCGCUGGCUGCAGGAUGAGGAUAUCUUGGAAGGAUGCAUGUCUCCUCUUGUGCUGUCCCCUUACUCUGGCUGGGUCCUGGACAGAGUGGUCGGGCAACCAGCCCAAGAAAACACACCCUCCAGAAGUUCAACACCUAAAGAACCCACUCUCCUGACAAGUGGGUCUUCUUCUCUGGAGAAGGUUGCAUCUGGGAGCCACCAGGGCUCUUCACCACCUUCAUCUACAGAGCCAAGUGAAACAAAGGGAAAUGGUGACCCUGGUUUGCUGGAGGCAGAUCAAGAAGCUUCUCCAGCAAUUCUGCCUUCCAAAGUUACUGAGGUUGAGGGCUGCAUUCGGAUGUAUGAGGAGAUGCACAGGCUGAAAGGAAAGGAGGGGCUGCGGCGGCGGCAGGAGCAGCAGGAGCAGAUGGUGAGGGCUGUGUCCGACCUGGCCAGCGAGCAGCUGAAGCGCUUCGAUGAGCUGAAGGAGCUGAAGCAGCAUCAGGAGUUCCAGGAUUUGAAAGAAGUACUGGAGAAGAGCUCAAAGGAGGCUCAGGGACAGCAAGAGAAGCUGAAGGAAGAACAUCGACACAGAGCAAAGAUCCUGAACCUCAAGCUGCGCGAGGCGGAGCAGCAGCGGCAGCGGCAGGAAGAGCUGGAGCGGCUGCGCAAGGAGGAGGGCCAGGAGAGGCUGCGGCGCCUGUAUUCCAUCCAGGAGGAAGUGCUGCAGCUUAACCAGCAGAUUGAUCCCAAUUACAGGCACAAAGACUUGCCAAAAAUUGAUCUUUCUGCAUACAGUAAUCGUGGCAACCAGAUCUGUGGGCUGGUGUCCGGACUCAUCCGCACCACCAAUGAGAGAGGGUUCCCUGCCCCGGCAGACGUGGCCCAUGCGGAGCGAGCGCUGCAGGAGAUGCGGGCGCUGGUAGCCAGCAUGCAGCAAGAGAUUGCUGCAGCUGUGGAAGUGAAAAGGAGAGAUGAAAAAGAAGAGAGCCAGAAGCAGAAGGAGUUACUGGAAAAACAGAAGAUGAAGGCUCAGACUCCUGCUCCUGCACAGCAGUCAGGGGGAAAGCAGCAGAAGGAAGGACUUCAAGUUAAGGCAGAAGAAAGUAUCAUGCAGUGGUACCACCAGCUUCAAGAUGCUGCUGAGCAGUGUGUUGCUUCUUUCAGUGAAAUCAGCAACUGCAAAGACAACAAUGAGGUUAAGAAGAUAAAAACAGACCUGCAGAAAGCAGCUACCAUCCCUGUGAGCCAGAUCUCUAGUAGAUCAGGCUCUCAGCUGAGAGAGAUAUUUGACAAGAUUGAUAACCUGCUCUCUGGGAAGUCUGUGCAGACUGGAGGGAGAACUGUGUCAGUGACCCAGCAUCCACAGGGGCUGGAGUUUGUUCAUUACAAACUUGCAGAGAAAUUCGUGAAACAAGGAGGAGAAGAAGUAGCUGCUCACCGUGAUGCAGCUUUCACCAUUGCUGUGGUGGCCUCAGGCAUCUGGGAAUUACACCCUCGAGUUGGAGACCUCUUCUUAGCUCAUCUGCACAAGAAGUGCCCCUAUUCUGUGCCGUUUUACCCUGCAUUGAAAGAGGGGACUUCUGUGGAAGAGUACCAGAGGAUGCUUGGAUAUGAUGUUGAAGAUUCCAAGGUGGAAGAGCAAGAUCAUUUCCUUAAGCGGAUGUCGGGAAUGAUUUGUCUUUAUGCUGCUAUCAUUCAAGUCCAGUGGCCUCAUGGAAACAAACAAGGGAAACAUCCUCACGGGUUGAACUACGGGUGGCGUUGGCUUUCUCAGAUGUUGAACAUGGAGCCUCUGGCAGAUGUGACAGCUACCCUGCUGUUUUGCUUCCUGGAGGUGUGUGGCAAUGCUCUCCUGAAUCUGUAUAAGGCUCAGUUCUGGAAAAUGAUGGUAUUUAUCCAAGAAGACUAUAUUCCAAGAAUUGAAGCAAUUACCAGCUCUGGGCAGAUGGGCUCAUUAACACGUCUGAAGCAAUUCUUGGAGGAAUGUCUACAGCAGAAGAAAGUUCCAGCACCAAAGGGAGCCCUGAAGCCUUCCUUUUGGAAAUCAUAAAUCAGUUUAUAUUUCCUUUCCCCCUGGAUGCUUUCAGACCUGGUUUCCUGUUUACAUGUAAAGUCAAAUUUUGUAUAUAGAGGAAUGAGGAGAAAAUAUUCCAUCAACCUGUUAAUGUUUAAUUCAUCAAGAAUUAUGUUGGGCAGAACAAAACUUGUGUUUAAUGUAUUGCAAAUAAUGAGAAGAUAUUUUUGGCUUUGGAUUUUUAUAAGUUUUUGUAUAAUAAUUUAUGGGAAGUUGAAGACUUUUCCUUCAUGUGUUUCAACAUGCAGGAGAUGUUUUAAAUACAGUAUCCUGAGGACCUCUGGGCUUCAGAGGUUUAAGACUCUUGGACUGAAAAUUUGCACAGUGCUGUUGUGUUCUUGGAAGUGAAAAUACCUCACAGCUUUAUGAAGUCUUCACAGAGUCAUCAGAAACCUACACUAGAGCUUUAUUUUUAUACUUAUUUCAUCGGUCUUUUAUAGUUCAAUUUUAAUUAUGCUGACCUGUUUGCAUCUUGUUUGUCUCAACAACAUCUUAAAAUUACAGGCAUUUGGCCCAGCAGCAUUGACACUUCCCUCUGUUUGAGUGUAAGUUUGCUCCCAGGGGCUGUACUCUGGAUUUAAGAAGGGGACACUCACUGUUGGAAAAGGAUCUUAGUAACUUCAAGAAGGGAGAGCAGAGUUUCAGGAACUAACUACAAAAAUUCAGUGUCUAUUACCCAUCAGAUGGGUGGAAGCUAAUAAUCCUUUUCUUAAGGACAAAAAAAAAGAGGGGGGGGAAAUUAGCAAAAUGGUGCAUUAAUUCUAGCCCUUUUGCUGAUGUUCUGCCUCCACUUGAGGGGGAAAUGGUCUGCUGGGGUUACCUAAGGUGCAUUUUAUAAAGCCUCUUUUUAUUUAAAUUACUUUAGUCCUUAUCAAUGUUACAGAUUUUGUGUCAAGGACUGUAAGACUCCUGUAUCAGUGGUGGGUUAUUCUGAGAAUGGUUCAUUUGAGAAAUCUUUUUAAUUUAAUAUUAAAGGUUGAUUCUUAUUUUUCUUUGUAA